AUGGCGGCAGCAGACCUCCAGUCACUCGCCAUCCCCAUCCUCGUGAUCGUAUUUCCAAUCUUAAUCCUGAUCACAUGGCGGCGCCGGCGGCCAGCUCUCCGCCUCCCGCCGGGUCCAAUCGCCCUUCCGAUAAUUGGCCACCUCCAUCACCUCAGACCGAUCCCCCACCAAUCGUUCCAUAAGCUCUCUAAGCGCUACGGUGGCCUGAUCGGCCUCCGCCUCGGUUCUGUCCCCUGCAUCGUGGUCUCCUCCUCUUCCAUGAUCAAAGAGAUUAUGAGAACGCAGGAGACGGCUUGGUCGGACCGCCCUCAGUUUAGGGUCUCCAGUUACAUCGCCUACGACUGCUCCGGCUUCGUCUUCGCGCCCUACGGUCCUCACUGGAGGUUCUUGAAGAAACUGUGCAUGUCGGAGCUCCUGGGAGGACGGACGAUCGACCAGCUCCUCCCCAUCCGGACUGAAGAGGUGGUCUCGCUCGUUCGGUCCUUGUACGACAGAUGCAAGGUUGGAAGAACCAGCAUCAACAUGGGCAGCGAAGUGUUAAAUCUCACCAACAAUGUGAUAUCCCGGAUGACCACGGGCCACCGAUGCUGCGGGUCGGACGGGGAGGCGAUGGAGAUGAGGAAGAUCGUGGAGGGAGUGGCGGAGUUGGUGGGUAAGUUCAAUAUGGCAGAUUUUAUUGGAAUAUGCAAGAAUUGGGACUUGCAGGGGUUCGAUAAGAGGUCGAAGGACGUCCGCCAAAGGUACGAUGCGAUGAUGGAGAGGAUCAUGAAGGAAAAAGAGGAGGCGAGGAAAAAAAAGAGCGGUGGAAUCAAGGAUUUGCUGGAUAUAUUGAUUGACAUCGCAGAUGAUUCCAGUGCAGAAGUGAGAUUGAGUAGGGAACAUAUAAAAGCCUUCGUGAUGGAUAUCUUCGUCGCCGGCACCGACACUUCGGCCCUCACCUUGGAGUGGGGACUGGCGGAACUCAUCAACCACCCGGACAUCCUGCGCAAGGCACAAGAUGAGAUCGAAGCGGUGGUCGGCAAGAAAAGACUGGUGCAGGAGUCCGACGUGGCCAACCUCCCGUACAUGCAGGCCAUCAUCAAGGAAACAAUGCGGUUGCAUCCCUCUGGUCCUUUGAUCCCUCGGCGGUCCACUAGGGACACCAAGAUCAAAGGAUACGAUGUUCCGGCAAACACGACGGUCUUCGUCAACGUCUGGGCCAAUGGAAGGGACCCGGAGCAAUGGCCGGAGCCAUUUGAGUUCCGGCCAGAGAGGUUCCUGGAGGAGCCCGGACAGAAAUUGGACGUCAGGGGGCAGCACUUCGAGCUGAUUCCCUUCGGAAGCGGACGCAGACUUUGUCCGGGGGCGUCUCUGGCGCUGCAUUUCGUACCGUGUGCGCUGGCGGCGAUGCUACAGUGCUUCGAUUGGGAGUCGGAGGAUGGGGGGAAGGUGGACAUGGCUGAAGGAUUGAGCGUGACGCUUGUUAGGAACAAACACUUGGUGUGCGUGCCGGUCCCGCGGCUGAACCCGAUGCUGCUGGACUAG